UCCAUGUUUGUCUAUUCCUUUUUCCUUGCGACCGUGUCACCGCGUGGUUCACGAUCGCGUUUAAUUUAAGAAACAAUCAAAAUGGCAAUCCGACCAGUAUACAGGCCAAAAAUCGUUAAAAAGCGAACAAAAAGGUUUAUUCGCCAUCAAUCAGAUCGCUAUGAUAAACUUAAGCGUAACUGGCGUAAACCAAGAGGUAUUGACAACAGAGUGCGCAGGCGUUUCAAGGGUCAGUACCUGAUGCCCAACAUCGGUUACGGAUCCAACAAGAAGACCCGUCACAUGCUCCCCAAUGGCUUCCGUAAGGUCCUAGUACACAAUGUACGCGAGUUGGAAAUCCUCAUGAUGCAAAACAGGAAAUACUGCGCAGAGAUCGCCCACGGAGUCUCCUCCAAGAAACGGAAGACGAUCGUGGAACGCGCGCAGCAGCUCAGCAUCAGAGUCACCAACGCGGCCGCCCGUCUCCGCAGCCAGGAGAACGAAUAAAUUUACGUUAAUUAAAAAAAAAGUUUUAAAAACA